CAUAGGGCUUGAAAUCUCAGCGGACCAAAAAGAAGCAGCGCAGCAAGAUAGGAAGAAAGAAACGGAGAAAAUUUCGACGGUUAGCUCGGACUUUCGGCCGCGGAGGAGGAGGAGACGGCGAUCCGAGAGAGAAGUUGGAACCGAUGAAAACUCUAAAUCAUGGAUCAAGGAGGGGGAGGACUUGAGCUGCAUUCACAGGAGUCAAAAGUCUCUCAUGCAAUGAUAAUGCAGGAUUUUGUGUCUGGAAUGGCUGGUACAGCCCACAUUGAUGGAGAUCAUAUUGUUGUAUCUGUGCCUGAUGCAGUACUGGUCUCGGAUGUCGCUGGGGAAGAAGUUACCAUAGAACAUGGUCUCACAACUAAUAUUCAUGAAGUUGUACAGGGCCCGGAUAUUAUAGCUGAAAGUGAUGAUGUGACAGAUGGUGUGAUGGUUUCAGACUCUGUCUUAGAAGCUAAUGUUACACUUGAAGAAGACUUGAAUGCCAAUUCAGUUCCUGACCAUGUUCUGGCUUCAGAUCUUAUAACAGAAACUGUUGGUGUUCCAGAUCAAGUAUUAGUAUCAGACCUUGUAUCAGUGCAGGAUGAGGAGCAAUUUGAACACGUGGUCCAAGAUUCUGUAACGGAUGUUCUUUCUCCUGCAAUGGUCUCGGAGGAAGUUAUGGAAGUAGAUUCUGUGUCACAGACUGUAAUUCAAAACCAAGAUUUAGUAGUUCAAAACGAAGAGGCUAUUCCUGGCUCAACCAUGACUAUUGAAGCCCAGAUAGAUGGAAAAGAUGCAUCUGAGGAUUUCUUAAUGAUAUCUUUAGAUGACGUUGGAGAAAAGAUGGACCGGAUAGAAAAUGCACCAAUAAAAAUAAGCACUGAUAUUGAACAAGAUGAUUCUUCUAAAGAAGAUGGAUUUGGAGCUGAGGUCAUUAAAGUAUAUAUUUUUAAAGCUGAACCUGAAGAUGAUGUGGAAAUAGGUGAAACUGAAGUAGUUGCAGAAAAUGAAUAUCAGAAUGGUCAUGUCAUAACCAACAUGCUUGAUCAAGGGAAUGUUGGUCGAAUGUCUCGGGAAAAGAUGGUUUAUAUGGCAGUUAAAGACCCAUCUCAGGAGGAUGACAUUAAUUGUGCUGAUAUCGCUGAUGAAGUUUACAUGGAGGUCAUUGUUGGAGAUGAGGAAGCAACAACAGUUCAUGAGACACAGACUGAGGAUUCUGGCAUUAGCAAAGCCUUUGUACCUGUUGCAUGGGCAGCUGCAUAUGGUAACAACUUUGAAGCAAAGAUAGAAAAUAAAAAUAGCACUUCAAGUCAAUUCCUACAAAUAAGUGACAGCACAAGCACUACCAGAGCACUGAAGCAAAAAGCCAGGAAGAAGAGAAGGGGUGAAGGCAGACAAUGGCAUACAGCUGUCAUCAUAGGUCCAGAUGGACAGCCCAUAACCGUAUACCCAUGUCACAUCUGUGGGAAGAAGUUUAAAUCAAGGGGUUUCCUGAAAAGGCACAUGAAGAACCACCCGGAGCAAAGUGCAAAGAAAAAGUAUCAGUGCACAGACUGUGAUUAUACAACAAAUAAAAAAGCAAGUUUUCAUAAUCAUUUAGAGAGUCACAAGCUCAUCAACAAAGGAGAAAAAGCUUAUGAGUGCAAUGAGUAUGGAAAAAGAUUCACUCAGGCAGGGACACUGGCUGCUCACAAACUGGUUAAUAGGGAAAAAGAAACUAAAAUGCAUAAGUGCAAAUUUUGUGAUUAUGAGACAGCUGAACAGGGUCUUCUCAAUAGGCACCUGUUGGCAGUGCAUAGCAAGAAUUUCCCACACAUUUGUGUGGAGUGUGGGAAAGGAUUCCGUCAUCCUUCAGAACUCAAGAAACACAUGCGGACUCAUACAGGGGAAAAACCAUACCAUUGCCAGUACUGUGAGUACAGGUCUGCUGACGCUUCUAAUCUGAAAACACACGUGAAAACCAAACACAGCAAUGAGCUGCCAUACAAAUGUGACCACUGUCCUCAAACAUUUUUGGAUGACAAAGAUCUGCAAAAGCAUGCCACUUUAUUUCAGGCACAUAGGACCCAUCAGUGCCCUCAUUGUGACCACAGAAGCUCCAAUUCUAGUGACCUUAAACGUCAUAUAAUAUCUGUGCACACCAAGGAAUUCCCACACAAAUGUGAGGUCUGUGAUAAGGGGUUUCAUCGUCCAUCGGAGCUGAAGAAACAUAUGUCAACUCACAAAGGGAAAAAGCUUCAUCAGUGCAGGCACUGUGAUUUCAAAAUUGCAGAUCCUUUUAUACUUAGCCGUCAUAUUCUUUCAGUUCACACCAAGGACCUUCCUUUUAAAUGCAAAAGAUGUAAAAGAGAAUUUCGACAGCAAAGUGAGCUUAAGAAGCACAUGAAGACACAUAGUGGAAAGAAGGUUUACCAGUGUGAAUAUUGCGAGUAUAGCACUACUGAUGCUUCAGGCUUCAAACGCCAUGUAAUAUCUAUUCACACAAAGGACUAUCCUCACCGUUGUGAGUUUUGUAAGAAAGGCUUUCGUAGGCCAUCUGAAAAAAACCAGCAUAUAAUGCGGCAUCAUAAAGAGGCUAUAAUGUGACAUACAGACAUGGAAAAAUAUGUUACACAAACUUACUUAACUUUCAGUUAAUUGGCAUGGCUCGUGAACUGUUUCUCCUGGUCUCGACUUGAGUGUUGUUUCUCAACCUACCUUUCAUCCUUUGUAUUAUAAGUUGACAAAAGGUCUGAGAAUAGGGAGAUGGAGUCAUUUGUUCAAAUGUUUUAGUUUCUUUACAGAAUCUGACAGGUAGUGUUCUGGGUUGCCAUUAUUGUGAAGCCAUUCAGUGAGUUCAAUGUCUUUUUUUUAACCAAUUUCAGGUGUCUUGAGUUUGUUUCGUAUGCAAUUGCAAAAUAUUGUAUUCCACAGUUGUUCCACAGGCUGCAGCACUCACAACUAGACCUUUUAAAAUUAGUUCUGUUUUACAUUUAAUCCUGGUAAAUAUCUGAUUACUGGAAAAGGUGUUUAAAACAUCGCUUUUUAUCUUUUUUAAUCAAAAAAAUCCCAAUAAAUAGUUACUUGUGAUAAAUAGCCUAGCAAGUACUGACCAUGUUCUAAAAGCUUGUGAAAAAAACUGGUUCAGUGUAUUCAAGAUUUCUUAUAGUUCACUUCUUAUAGUUGCUGCAGUUGGACAGACUUGCUAUUUUAAUAUCUAAGCAAGAAUGGUUCGUUCUAUGCAGCCAGUGUGGAUUAAUUCAUGCUUAAGAGUCGGACUACUUUUUACUAUAGGGCAUGUGUGAUAAUUUAUGCAUCCCUUUGCAAAUAUUAUGAACCAUAGGUAAUAACAUGGGAGUACUCCAGGAACCAAACAAUUUGGUCAAGGCUAUUUAAUGAAUACAAAUUUUGUUUUGACAUUGUUAUACAUAUAAUGUAUAGGAAGUGGUUAUGUGAAUAUGGUUUUUUUUUAGCUGGUUACUGCUCACACAUUAAAUGGUUGUUCACUUCGUGAAUUUUUAACAUUAUUCAUUGUGUUGUGGUAGUUUUUGUGUUUCUUCAAAUGUUGUCAGAUUUUGCUUUGCACCAGAUGAGAAUCAGUUGCUCGAGAAUUCAAAAUGUCUGUUUUCAAAAUUCAGAAUGUUAAUUUAGCAAUGCCUCUUAGAUUUAAGGAAAACACGUGUGUUUUAUGUGGCUGUAAAGGUUGUACACUCUGUAAAAUAAGAAAUCUUUUGUCAAUGUUCUGUGGGAUUACUAUUUCUAAAUGUUCUUAAUGUGAUGAGUAUAUCAAUAAAAAUCUACAUCUGUUG